GUACUCCCUAAGCAACCUGGUAUCCAUCAGCUCGCUAGGCGAAGACAGUCAGCGCUGUCGCCCGGGGCCCAUCGAGCUGAUUGAAGGUGCCCCGCGUGUCCUCAAGGACCGACUCGCCCUGAUCUCGCUCAUAACUAGAGUAGGAUUUGCACAGUCAAUAGACAUAUACUUCUGUGACACAAAACGAUUGUUGGUCAGCCUAAACUCAGCGAGCCAGCAGCUACUUCUUCUUUGAGUGUGACGCCUCCUGUUUCCGGCCUGACUCCCCUUUCAGCCGCUAUGGACGUGGAUGGCCUGGACCUGGCGGCCCUUCUGGCUGAAGGGCCAGACUCGGGAGUCGGCCCGUCGCUUCUGGACGAUGAACUGUUUUCCGAGGAUCUGAUGCAGUUCUUGGAAACGAUAGAGGGCCAGCCGACUUCAACGCAGUGCCACCAGAAGCUAGCCGCACAGCAACAGCAGCAGCCGGUGCCGGCGCCUGCCCCAGCUCCUGCUCCCGCGGUGCCCAUUCCUGUUGCGACCUCCUCGCCCGCGGUCGCGAUGUCGCCCACUGCGUCGACCUCGUCCGGCUGCUCUUCGGGCGUCGUGGCUGCACCUGCGCCCAUUCCUACACCAGUAGCGCCAGCAGCUGCGGCCGUGGCCCUGGCUGCGCUGCAACAGGCGCAAAUGCAGCAAUUGCAGCCGGCCUGCGCUGCCAUGCUGCCGCGCCUGGUCACCACAACAGCAGCGCAGCAGAUGUGGACUGCUAUGCUUCAAGCAGCGUGCACAGUUACGCCGGCACUGGCUGCCGCUCACGCACCUGCUGCGGCCUCGGUCGAUGACGCUAAGGCGCGCGCCCAGCCCGCUGGGACGAGCCGACAAGGAAGCCGCGAGGACUCCGGCGACUCCUCCGACACCGACCAAGAUGAUGAUAUGGUGGACUCCAAGGGCAAGUCCGUGGGCAACAAGCGCAAGGCACCCGAGGUGGACUGGCGGCAAAUCGAGGACCCGGCGGAGAGGCGCCGGCAACGGCGACUGGCGAAGAACCGUGUUACCGCGGCGCGGUCCCGCGAGCGCAAGAAGGCCGCCUGGAGCGAGCUUGAGGAGCGCCUGAAGGGCAUCGAGACCGAGAAUGCGCAGCUCCGCGCCAUGCUGGAGACCUUCGCGCGCGAGAACACCGCCCUCAAGGCGCAGCUGCUCACCGUGGCAGCAGCCGGCGGCGUGCCAGGCCUGAACCACGGCCAGGCGGGCAAGACCAUGGACCCUGCUAGCGUCCUCCCAGUAUUUAUAGCUAUCAUGCUGGUGGUCUCUGCCCUCCUGCCUGGUGACAAGGCCUGCGCGCUGCUCGGCUCGCUGCUGCCGCUGGCGCUGAUCGCCUCGAUGAUGGGCGCCGCCGGCUCGGGCGCUAACGCCAACGGCGGCGCCGCCUUCGACUGCCUGUUCCGCCUAAUGCACAGCCUCAGCACGCUGCUAUCCAAGAGCAGUAGAACGCUGCAGCGCAGCCUAAAGCGCAUGCUACUGGCUCGACAGCGUUAUCUGGGCGCCAAAGGCAUGGCCAAGCUCGGCACCGCCGGCGCGCGGCUCUUCGACCAGCUCCUGACGACCCCUUCGCCAACGUCGCCGAGUGCCGCUGAGGACCCCGGGAUAGCGCCUGGGUCUCCUUCGGACUCGGACGGCCGCAACAACGCCGACAUGGAUGUUGACGUGGCCACCGUGCUUGCCGCAGAGCCGGCCGAGCAGGCGCCGCCAACCGCCACCUGCGCCGCUGCCGUAUUGGGCGCUAAGCCCACGGCGGAGGCGCCGGUGGUGGCGAUGGCGGGGGCCCUGCAGGCGGGCUGCGGAGGCGUGGUGGUGGUGAAGCAGGAGCCGGUGUGCUAAGAUGCUGCGUGCUAGGCGUGGUGCCACGUGGCUGUGUGGCUUGGUUGCGCCGGCGCGCGCUGGUGGCCAUGGAUGGCGCCGCGAGCGUUUGUUAUGCAGCGCGGUGUGAUGUGUUGCGGCGAGGCAGGCGAUGUCGGAGGUGCGGGGCGGUCGGUGUGGUGCGGGAGUCUGGAGGGCGCGAGUCGAGGGUGUGGCGCGUGCAGUGGCGUGGCGUGUGCGAGUGUGGAGCUAGAGGGGGCGGUGUGCGAGGAGGGUGUGCGUGAACACGCACCCCGAGGUUGACUGCAUGUGUAGAUUGUGUGGUCUGUUGGUCAGCGACGGGUCCCUGAGCGGUCUGACUUGCUCCAAGUCUGGUCGCCUGGACUGUUCCUGGACCAGCUGGACAUGUACAAUGUGUGAACGUGUUUGUGUUUGGUGCAUGCGUUUUGGUCUGUGCUGUGGUCUGCAGCCUGCAUAGUCACAUGGCCGCGUAUUUAGGCCGCUUGCAGAGCUGGGCCUUGGGGCUUACAAGUGUCGCCCAGGAGUUGACUGAGCGUACUCUCUUAAUUGCCAGUAGGCAGUUUUUAUGAUGGUCAGUGCUGAAAUGAAAAGGCAAGGAUAACGGGGGUGCCAGAACCAGACGCUUUGAGAUACUAGCGUUGCACCUGACGUUGCUGAGUUGGGGCCGUGGCGGGGUGCGGCAACAAUGGCGGACAAACAAUGUGCAUGGGCGCCACUCGCCCUGGACUGGAGAGGGCAGAACUUGUGAGCGGGCUUCUUCGCGGCCCGCCGCAAGAAAGAUGAAGUUGGAAAAUGGAAAUGCCUGUGAUGGGAUUGUUGCAGGUAGUGUUUGGUACCAAGCGGCGGAGCAGGGAUUCAUGAUGGUGGGCUAGGGCACCUGUGGCACGUGCAUGUGGCUCAUGAGGUCGAGCUUCAGAGGUGUAAAGAAGGCGAGCCGGA